GCAGAGUGCAGAGAGAGGAAUUUGGAUCGAUGGGAAGGGGAAGAGUGCAGUUGAAGAGGAUCGAGAAUAAGAUUAAUAGGCAAGUCACGUUCUCAAAGAGAAUUUUUUUUUUUUUUAGCAGCAGAGAAAGAAGAAGAACAACUCGAGCAUGGCACAAACGCUAGCGAUGCCCGUAGCUCCCUCUCUCGCCCUAAUCUCAAACCAUAGACCUCUUUCCAGAGCCGUCUAUUUCCCUGUUCUCAACCCUCCCAAGGUGAGAGGGUUAAGCAUAGAGUGCGCUCGAGUUGGCGGAGUGGAGAUUCCGAACAACAAGAGAAUCGAGUUAUCGCUACAGUACAUCCAUGGAAUCGGAAGGAGCAGAGCUCGCAAGAUUCUCUGCGAUAUAAGCAUGGACAACAAGGUCACUAAGGAUCUCAGCGAUGAGGAACUCAUCACUCUUAGAGAUAAAGUCUCCAAAUACGUCAUUGAAGGCGAUUUGAGGAGGUUCAAUGCGCUGAAUAUAAGGAGAUUGAAGGAGAUUCAAUGUUACAGAGGAUGUUGGAAGUGUUCAAGUAGCUGCUUCUCAAAGAGUAUUUUUAUAGAAUACGGAUUGAAUCAAAAUGAAGAAGCAAGAACAGAGUUGAGAGCAGUAGAUGCGUGGAUACUGACUGACAAGCCUUACUCUAAUCAAUCCAUUCAUUCGGUGAGAGGGUUAAGCAUAGAGUGCGCUCGAGUUGGCGGAGUGGAGAUUCCGAACAACAAGAGAAUCGAGUUAUCGCUACAGUACAUCCAUGGAAUCGGAAGGAGCAGAGCUCGCAAGAUUCUCUGCGAUAUAAGCAUGGACAACAAGGUCACUAAGGAUCUCAGCGAUGAGGAACUCAUCACUCUUAGAGAUAAAGUCUCCAAAUACGUCAUUGAAGGCGAUUUGAGGAGGUUCAAUGCGCUGAAUAUAAGGAGAUUGAAGGAGAUUCAAUGUUACAGAGGAUAGGUAGAUAGGUACGUUUGCUGAAGAAGGCAAACGAAAUCUCAGUGCUAUGCGAUGCCGAAGUCGCACUCAUCAUCUUCUCUACCAAAGGCAAGCUCUUCGAAUAUUCCAGCGAUCCCUGGGAUGGAUCAUAUCAUUGAGUCUUCAAGCAGGUAACCUCCUAAUCGCCGAUUCAGAUCCAUUAAGAACUCAGUCGCCACACACCAAAACCCUAAUCUCUCUGAGAGCGACUUCGCAUUCCACUUUCAGCAGAGAUGGGUGAGGAGGUGAAAGCAAUUGUUCCCGUGUCUGUGCUUAAGAAGCAAAAGAGGGAAGAGGAAUGGGCCUUGAAGAAAAAGGAGGAGCUUGAUGCUGCAAAGAAAAAGAGAGCUGAGAGCCGCAAGCUCAUUUACAGCAGGGCAAAGCAAUAUGCAAAGGAAUACCAGGAGCAG